GGACGUUCUCAGCGCCGUGAGCAGCUCUCGAAUGUCCUCCCACAACGCACAGCGCGGCCAGCACGCCCUCUACGCCGUCCGCCCCGCCCCUUCCGGCCGCUCCCAGUCCCCAGACGACGACCACUUGCUCCCCAUACACCGCCUCUCCCACUGGAACACCCAGCGAGCACAGGACCCCGGCAGCUUCAGUAUGCUCGCUGCGACACACAAGCAGUUCGACCCGCAGGACCUGCCCCCGCUCGUCGCCACAGGCUCGCGCCACCCGGCCAUGCACAGCGACGACCCGUCCCUCGCCGCGGGAGGUAUAUCUCCAUACCCAGACUCUGCAGCCACAACUUCCAGUGGCCCAUUCUCCCCCUCGUCUCCCCCGCUUAUAGAUCACACUCUGCAGCCGACUGCUCGUCCACCGCCACCCAUGGCGCCACAGUCAUCCAGCACCUCCUCAUCCGCCGCCGCCACAGGCCGUGCCCGCAGAGCACGCAAAGAAAAGCCCUAUAUCGCACUCGCGGCGGAUCAACCGCCGACGACGCAGGGAAAGCCGCGGACGCGAGUCUUCGUCGCCUGUCUCCAAUGUCGGAGUCGCAAGAUUCGCUGCGACGGCGCAAAACCGGUGUGCCACAACUGCCACACGAGACCGCCGACGGGGUCUACCAUGGGCGAGUGUAACUACGAUCCUACUCCAAAGCGUAGAGGUCCGGAUAAAGUCCAGGGUGCGCGCACGCGGACGACGCAUCCUAGAGACGAACAAGGCGAACCACCCAAGCGGAGACGGAGGCGGACGACGACUACAACGGCCCCUGAGCAGCCAGUCGCUCAUCUUCCUUCUGAGCUCUUCACCGCUCCGCCACACUCGCAGGGCCCGAGUUCGCACCUGCUCCACUCGCAGACCGCUCUCCCCCUCCCGUCCUUCCCCUCGUUGCAGUCGCACCGGGACGUCGUGACCGACGUGCAGCAGAAUCUACUCACUCUCGCCGACGUCAGUCAGAGCCUGUUGGAUCAACCUCCACACAAUGUUCGAUAUCCGCCAAGCGCGACCACCUCCGUCUUCUCUCAUGCCUUCCCAGGCGCCCCGGUCCAUGGCCAUCACUCCUCUGACCACCGGCUCCAGAACCAACUAGACUAUCCGGCAUUCUUCCUGCCCAACUCGUCCGUUCCCGAGGCGUUUAUAACGUCCGCGGAAGAGGAUGAUAGCGAACAGCAGCAGCAAGCGAACCAGGACGGCGCACAACUCGGAGCCGAGCCUUCUGUGCAGUUCUCGCGCAAGUCGUGGUGGGACAACCUGCUCGCGUUCUACGCUUCGUACCACCACAAUGGCUCGCAGCAGUUACACCUCACGCAGACGCAGCGUCAUGCGAGUUACAGCCAGAUCAUCACCGACAUGCGGAUCCUGUUCCAAAAAUCGAACUACUGGUUCUCGUUCUUCAACGUCCCCAGGUUCUAUAGCAACUUUCUGGACCCGGUGAGGAGGAGCAUGAUGCAGCCGAGUCUCGUGCUCGCCGUGCUGGCCGUUGCGACGUUUUUGCAGAGCUCGGAGAGUGGGAGGGGAGAGGCGGGGAGGAGGAUGGCGAUGCGGUUGAGGGACGAGGCGCAGAGUGCGUUGGAUGCCAGUGUGCAGGCGAGAAGAAUCGACGAGUCGCUUGCGCAGGCGGCUUGGAUCCUGGCUUUCUUCGAGAUAUCGGCGCACCCGCAUCAUCGAGGCGAUCGAGUGGCGUCCGCUAUGCGUGUGCUGGACUCUAUCGUCCGUUCCUUGGCGUUGACAUACCUCGACGCUGACGAUCCACAGACGUCCAAGUACGCACCUGGCUCGAUCCCGACCAUCCCCUCCCAAUCUUCCACAUACGGUACUCCCUCUUCUCAACAAUACUUCGCUGGAGCCAUGUCCAACGGCUACAAUGCCUACAACGCCAACAACAACGGCAUGAACCCUCUCGGUCGUAACUCAACAGGCCCGAAUCUGACCCACCACAACCACCAUAACUCCCUCCCGUCACUCCCUUCCUACCCCACCACCAGUGGUUGCACCUGCGACUCUCUCUCGCUCGGACAUCACUGGCCCGAAGCAUCCGAACAGACACCGAUGUGGGUGUCCUGCCCGGCAUGGAACUAUGAGUGGAACGAGGGAGAGGUGCGGAAGGAGGAGUGUAGGAGGUUGAGUUGGAGCUGUUUGAUGCUGGCGGCGGGGUAUUCGAGUUAUAUGGCGGCGACGAGGGGGAGGACUAUUGAGAUGUUUAUGAAUAAUCCGAGUAAUUACGCCCUCCUCUUCCCCGGCGAAUCGCUUACCUCGUCACCCUUCACCGUGAGCAACACAUCCGGCAAAGAAACCGUCUGGGCGCUCUACCUCCGCGCGGAACUGCUCUGGAAUAGCUGUUUGAGGUUAAGAUACGAUACGUCGGUGAGGGAGGAAGAGAAGGGGGAGAGGGCGAUGAAGGUCUGGUUGGAGACGGAGGCGAUCGAUGCGGCGUUGAAUAGGCAUUCGUGUGGGGUUGAGAGGGCGUGUUUGUUCAUUGGGAGGGAGUAUUUGUUUAACACCCGGAUGUGUAUCUCGUAUGAGUUCCAGAGGUUUAUUCCGCAAGUGAUUGCUGGCGUGGCUCGAAGGAGGUCGGAAGAAUGGUUGAACGAACAGAAGAAACGGGCGAAUCUGUUCACGAGGGCCAUGGGCGCCGUUACGGGUAAUCGGAACCAUGCGCUCGCUGAGAGGCCGUUCUUCGUGUUUUGGUUCAUGGGGCAGUUUGCGAGAGCGCUAUCGCUUUGGGCGGUCGAUCAUACGCUUACGAUUGCGUUGGAUGUGUGCAAGGCGUUCCUCGAGCCGAUCAAUUUCUUGACGAAGUUGUGGCCUUGUCCGGAACAACGGAGGAGGUACGAGCAGCUUGUGGAGCAGCUGCGUAUCGCGUGUAUGUCUGUCGAGGCGGGCGAGGGCUCCGCUCAUAGCAGUUUUUAGGCCGUCGUCGCUUCUGAGUACCUUGUAUCUUUAUUCCGUCUCUCUUUGGUGUCCAGCGUCGGUGGGUCAUUGCUAAAGGACUUUGAUUUUAUCCUGGUUUAUUGCUCCUGUCGUCGUUCCUCUGCUCAUCCGUCUGUAUGUCGGUUCUUACAUCUGUGUAUCCAUCCAUCCACCAAAAGGCACUCACACUAUCUCGCACCUAACCACCCCCAAUCAAGUCAUCGAAUCAGAACUUGUACGAAUAUUGUCCUGUACUCGUAGACAUUGUCUUUUGCUCGUUUGUUUUGUCCCUUCGUUUCGUUAAUGGGUCAUGUCAUGUAAUUGUUAUCCUGUCACUUUUAUACACGCGUUCUUGGUGCUGCC